AUGAGUAUUGACAUUGGAGGUAUGAGGAUUAGGUAUAAGGACAAAGAUGAAACAUUCUUAGAGAAGCAUUUAGUAUCUAAAGAACCAUUUGGCCAAUUUAAAGCAUGGUUCGAAGAAGCAUGUAGUAGAAAGGAAAUUCUGGAACCAAAUGCUAUGUGCUUAGCUACGGCUACUCAAGAUGGUAUUCCCUCUGCCCGAUUUGUGUUAUGUAAAGGGUAUGGCAAGGAUGGUUUUAAAUUUUUCACAAAUUAUGGAAGUAGGAAAGCUAGGGAAAUGGAUGAAAAUCCAAAUGUGGCAGCAACUUUCUAUUGGGAAGUGCUGAACAGAUCUGUGAGAAUUGAGGGUUAUGUUGAGAAACUGUCAGCGGAGGAAUCUACUGCAUACUUCCAUUCACGCCCAGUACCAAGUCAGGUAGCUGCUUGUGCUAGUUAUCAGAGUACACCAAUUGAGUCUAGAGAUAUACUUUGUGAAAGAGAAAGUGUAUUGGAAGCAAAUUAUAUGAUUCCAAAUAAGGAAGUACCAAAGCCUGACUACUGGGGUGGUUAUAUACUUCGGCCAAAAGCUGUGGAAUUUUGGCAGGGACAAAGAGAUCGCUUACAUGAUCGCAUAAAAUUUAGGAAGCCAAAAAAUAGUGAGACUCCAGAUGGAAAGAUCUUACAUGAAGGAGAAGAUGGUUGGGUAUAUGAAAGACUUUCCCCCUAA